GAAGACGGAAUCCGGAAAUUAUGACAAGAUGGCGGAAUGUGAAAACAACCACGAAAAAAAACAGCCGUCCAGUUUAGAUACCCAGCGUCCUAAUUUAUCCGAGCUGCUAGACCGUGGGUGGAAGAUAUUCGAAGAGACGGAUAGUACCAACCUCCCCCUGGGCUCUAGCAGCAUCCAGGUGGGAGUGAAACGCGGCAUUGGUAUGUUAGAAGAAGCGUCAAGAAUGGUGGCUCAGCUCGACCUGUUCAGUCGUAACGAGGAGCUGGAGGAGGUCGCCACAGCGGAACUAAAGUAUCUACUGUUGCCCGCUCUCCUAGGAGCUCUUACCAUGAAGCAGACCAGCAGAGAAAAACGACUCCAAAUAGUCCAGACAGCCCGUGCUUACUUCAUGGACUUCCUAAGAAGAUGUAAAGAGUAUAACAUAUCACACUUUAAAAUACCAACGUCGCCGGAGAAAGACCCUAGCUGUGUCGAAGCUCCAGAUGAUGGAUCUACUGCUGCCAAGUCUGUCCCCUGCCAAUCAGACCUGGUUGCCAUGGCAGCACAGAGACAAACUAAGAUAGAGCGGUACCGUCAGAAGAAGGACCUGGAAACCAGACUGACACAUGUACGACGAGCCAUAGAUAGCGGACUGGACGACGAUGAUGUCAACAGAGAUUUUUACCUUCUGAAUGUCCAGAGAUGGGUGACCGUGUGUCUGGAGGAAAUCGAGAGUAUUGAUCAGGAAGUGGAGAUACUCAACAAGAUGGAUGUUCUAAAGCACAGUGCUGGCAAGCAACCAAGUCAGCCGGUCAGGCCUCCCAUGAAACCAUUCAUCCUCACCAAGAAUGCUUUACAGGCUCAGGUUUUCGGGCCUGGGUACCCGAGCCUUCCCACUAUGACAGUAGAUGAAUGGUAUGAAGAGCACAGGAAACAUGGAGUACUGCCUGAUCAGGCAAUAUCCAAGAGGGAUAACGUGGAUGACGAUGCUAAUGCAACGGAGAGGGAAGAAGAAGAAAAAGAGAAAAAAGCUGAACAGGAUGAUGAAGAGUCUCUGCUGAAAGUCAGAAACUGGGACGAGUGGAGAGAUACUCAUCGCAGAGGUUAUGGAAAUCGCCACAACAUGGGCUAACUGUUCCUAGCAUUGUGUGUUUCCAUCAUUGUUCAACCUGCUCUUAAUAAAAAAUCUUUAGUGUGGAUGUACUGAAAGGUGCCCAGUCAUGAUGCCUGUGUAUCCCCCUCACAAUGUUACUGGAGAAUAAAGAAUGAUCAAACCAUUCAAAA